CUACUUAGUACCUGACUCAGCUCGGACUAGACCGACCCUAAGCAGCAAGCUUCUUAAGCCGGGUUCGCGCUUACACCAGCUUUCAAUUCCUUAGGCAGUGCUGACUUUUCCUUUUCCUUUUCUACUUGUAGCAUCUCAUAAUAUUUCCCUAGCUACCAUGCUCAGACGGAGUUCUCUCCCCUUGAGAGUGGCUUUACGUGCCCACCGAUCCAAACCGUCCAGUUCUCCUCUACAUGUCACCAACCAAAGAGGACAAUUCGGGACGUCGAGCAAACAAGCUGAAGACGCGAAACCUCAGUCAUUCAAGAGCCAGCUGUAUGAAAGUACACAGCAAAGAUUGAAGCGCGAACGCGCCGAGCAAGAGCGGUUUUCACAAUUCCAGACCCAGUCACCUGGAGGUCGCUAUGCAGCUUUGACGUUCGCAUUGGUUUUCUUCUCCGCUGGAGCCUACUACCUAGGGACUCUAAAACCCCCGAAUCUUCCCACCUCGUCCACUACUCCGCUGUCCGAUUUGCAGCCCUUAGAACACAAUGUUUCCAUAUCAAAUCUUCAGGCUGCCUGGGCAGAUUUCGUCGAGAUUCUUGGGAAAGAGUAUGUCUCGACAAAUUCGUCUGACUUGGCUGUGCACACCAUAUCGGACUGGUCUUCUUAUACGCCGAAGGAGAAUGAAAAGCCCUUUCUUGUUGUUUAUCCGUCGUCGACCGAGGAAGUAUCACGCAUAAUGAAAGUCUGCCACCGAAGGGUUAUCCCUGUGACGGCCUACAGCGGCGGUACAAGUUUGGAGGGCCAUUUUACCUCAACUAGGGGAGGCGUCUGUAUUGAUUUCAGCCGCAUGGAUCAAAUAUUGCAUGUCAAUAAAGAGGACCUCGACGUUGUCGUGCAACCUGCGCUUGGAUGGGAAGGUCUGAAUGAGGAGCUCUCAAAAGACGGCUUAUUCUUCCCUCCGGACCCAGGUCCCGGUGCCAUGAUUGGUGGCAUGGUGGGCACUGGCUGUUCAGGAACCAAUGCCUAUAGGUAUGGGACUAUGCGGGAAUGGGUUCUGUCGUUGACGGUCGUCCUCGCCGAUGGAACGAUUAUCAAAACGAGACAACGACCAAGGAAGUCAAGCGCUGGAUACGAUCUUACCAAAUUGUUCAUUGGCAGCGAAGGGACACUAGGACUUGUGACUGAAGCUACUCUGAAACUAACAGUUCAACCAAAGAGUCAAAAUGUCGCAGUUGCAAGCUUCCCAAAUGUCUAUGAUGCUGCAGAAUGUGUGACACGCGUGGUCCAGGAAGGAAUUCCUGUUGCGGGUGUCGAAAUCCUGGAUGAUGUCCAAAUGAAAUGCAUCAAUGCCAGUCAGUCGACUAGCCGGCGGUGGAAAGAGUCGCCGACUCUGUUCUUCAAGUUCACAGGCACACCCGGAGGGAUCAAGGAGCAGAUUGGUAUGGUACAGAAGAUCGUAUCAAACACUUCAGGUCAAUCCUUUGAAUUCGCUCGUGGACAAGAUGAAAUGAGAGAACUCUGGAGCGCCCGAAAAGAGGCUCUUUGGAGCGUGGUAGCAAUGAAGAAGGACCCUGCCGACCAUGUUUGGACAACUGACGUUGCCGUGCCAAUGAGCAAGUUGGCCCAGAUAAUUGAUGCGACAAAGAAGGACCUCACUCAAAGCGGGUUGUUAGCAGGGAUCUGUGGGCAUGUUGGUGAUGGCAACUUUCAUGCAAUUAUUUUGUUCAGCGAAAAGCAAAGGGAGGUUGCCGAGGGUGUAGUUCACAGAAUGGUAAAGCGAGCAGUGGAGCUGGAAGGAACAGUGACAGGCGAGCAUGGUGUUGGCCUAGUCAAGCGGGAUUAUUUGCCCCAUGAAGUGGGCGAGACUACAGUGGAUACUAUGAGACGGGUCAAAUUGGCAUUGGAUCCUCUCCGAUUACUUAACCCGGACAAGGUUGUACGAAUCGAACACCCAGCGCCAGGGGAAAUUAAGGAAUGGUGAAGUACAUGCGUACCUUCCUGGGUGAAGCAGAUAAAGGGCAGUACUAGUGUACUCCGUACUCCAAACCUAUAUAUCCUACCUAUUCUUAAGCCACGCAGGUGGUGGUGAGACUUACCCAGAUGUUCUUUUUUUCCAAUUAAUUAGAGUGAUUACCAACAAGCCGUUUAGGGGGCUUCGAAAAAUAGCUGUUCAAGGUAUUCAUG